AAAUUCUGCUGCAUCAACGUUUCCAUUACUCUUCCCUUUCAGCUCUGUUAUUUCCGAUCUUCUUCCGUUUCAUAACCCACUAAACAAGAAUCGAAACCAACCCAGCUUCAUUUUCAUCCCCGCCCCGCUACUUCUCAGAAAUUAAAUUUACAACCCCAAUAUUUUAUCAUCUUUUGCAAGCAGACCCUCUCCUUUUCUCUUUCAGAGAGGAAAAGGGCUCUGCUUUGCUUUGUCAGAUCAGAUCCCAAUUUUUGCAGGCGUUAAUCGGAAGUGAAGUAAUAGAAGAAAAUGGGUAUUUUGUUCACUAAAAUGUUCACUUCAGUUUUUGGUAACAAAGAAGCUAGGAUCCUUGUUCUUGGCCUUGACAAUGCUGGAAAAACUACAAUUCUCUAUCGGCUUCAGAUGGGUGAAGUUGUGUCUACUAUUCCAACAAUUGGGUUUAAUGUGGAAACGGUGCAAUACAAUAAUAUCAAAUUUCAAGUAUGGGAUCUUGGUGGACAGACAAGUAUCAGACCGUAUUGGAGAUGCUAUUUCCCUAACACUCAAGCCAUCAUUUAUGUUGUUGAUUCAAGUGACACCGAUCGACUGGUGAUUGCUAAAGAUGAGUUCCACGCCAUCCUUGAGGAAGAAGAGUUAAGAGGUGCUGUUGUUCUUAUAUUUGCAAACAAGCAGGAUCUUCCUGGUGCACUUGAUGCUGCUGCUGUUACUGAGGCUCUAGAGUUGCACAAGAUUAAGAACCGUCAAUGGGCAAUUUUCAAAACUUCUGCCAUUAAAGGAGAAGGUAUCUUUGAAGGUUUGGACUGGCUGAGCAAUACACUCAAAUCAGGAGGUGCAUAACUGGUUUGUUGAAGAAUAGACAGGAUUGAUGCUGCUGAUGUGCUUCUUCUCAGCCACAAUUAGAAGGAGAGAUGGUUGGUGUGGUGAUAGAAAUUCUAUUGAUGUUUACCAUUUUUGUUAUUUGAUCUUAACUCAUUUUUCUCACUAAUAUAUUUGUAAAAUUUUCAUUCAA